CAUUAACCCUCUUCGGCUUCCGAGAUCAGCCGACGGAGAGAGACUGAGAAGCGAUUGGAAGAAAGAGAGCAGGUAGCUAAUGGCUGAAGGCUCAGAUUCGUCGGCGAUGGGGUUCUUGGGGAGGCACUACGAGGAGGUGAAGGAGCACUGGAAGAAUAACUUUGCUUUCUUGGACUACUACAAGAAGACAUUCGGCCGCAGGAAGCCGCUCCCCAAGUGGACCGAUGCCGACGUCGAGGAGUUCAUCGCCUCCGAUCCCGUCUACGGCCCCCAGUUGAAGGAUAUAAGGGAAUCGAGGAAGUAUGCAAUUUUUGGAGCUCUACUUGGUGCAGCACAUCUAGGUGGAGUUUCCUUGAGAUACUCUAAGAGCCCUCAUGGCUUUGUUUUGGCUACUGGGUUUGGAGCCCUCUGUGGUGGUGUCUUGGGACUGGAAGUUGCUGAACAUUGGAAGCAGCUCUACAAGAUUGAUAAGCAGGCUGCGAAUCUCAGGUUCCUUUACUGGUGGGAGGACAAAACUCUAGGAAAUCAAAGAAACUGAUCUUUGCUCAGGCAGCUUAAUCUCUUGCUUGUUGAAAUCACUUGACGGAGUGAAGCCUUCUCAGAAAGUAGUAAAAUAAUUUCCCCUUUUCAGAAUAAAAUAGUAGCUGUGAUGUUGACGUCCAGUUAAACUGAGCAUUUUGGACAUUGAACGAAAUUUAUAUCCUCAUGAUUCCAUUAAUGUUCUCCA